AUUUUUUUUGGUGUGUGUGUGUGUUUUCAUCAGUUCUUGUGGAUGCCAUGGUGCAUUGGGCAGCUGGAGUUGGAGCAGCGAUCUCAAUCAAGGUAUCGUCUUCUAUAGAUGAUGUAGUGUGGCUGGCACCCUUUCUCACGAACAAUGUCAGCCAGCUCUCCCGAACCAGAAACACUGCGAUCUAUGUAUCAGUGUGUUUGGUACAGACGAUGUUAGCAAUGUGCAUUGCGUAUUCCGGCAACAAGAUCGUGGAAUACCUAACUCGAGAUGCCAAAGAUGCUUGGUCGUCUGAGAAGAUCCUCACGGUCCUAGCUGGGUCCAUGUUGGCGCUUUACUCAAUAAAGUUGCUCUAUGAAUGGUGGACAGAGAGCGAGGAAGAGAAUGAUGAGAAGGAUGAGGAAGGUGAGCAACAGAGAUAUGCAAAAGUUAGUCCUGAGACCGAUGUCGAGGAUGGCGAACUGACUCCCAUGUGGCAGGAACACAAGCAUAAUGACUCAUCCAAUGAGAUCGAGAUCCAAAGCAAAGCUCCGUCCCAAAAGGAGACUGCACAGACACAGACGUUGUUCGUGAUUGCCUUCAUUGGCUCGUUGGACGAUCUCACGCUAUUUGUGCCAAUGCUGGUGGGGAAGGGGUUUGAUUUCAUCCAGCUGAUCAUUGGAGCGUUGACAGCAUCUGGGCUGAUUGUCUCUAUUUGCCUCUUCGUGGGUCUUUGUCAACCAGUUGCUGACUGCAUCUCCAAAGUACCGUUAUUUGCAAUUGUCGUGGGAUUCGCCACAUUGCUUUUGGCGAAGUCCUUCACCAUGACAUAACCUCGGAAGAGGUCCGGGUUUUCUGAGCGAGAUGGUUGCUGAAGGUGGCGAUCUCUGUGGCCAGCGAACAUGGCAGACAGACUCACGAAGGGACUGUGGCCUUCACAUCCCACUGGUUUGAAAUCCACGUUCGCAUGGCUGAAGGCUGAAGGCUUCUUUUUCCUAGCGCUCAGCAGCUGGAGACUUGACAAGAACACG